UCGGCUGGUUGCUGUUGAUCCCGGGUCGAUGCUGAACAUGUCUGUGGUGGCGGAUGCGUAUCCACAGCCGACAUACCAGUGGUACCGCGGCAACACGCUGCUGGCUGGCGCCACCGCCCCCACGCUCAUCAUCGCCAACGUCAGCGCCGCACGCGAUGGCGGCAUGUAUUCCGUGCAGAUAUGCAAUGCACUCGACUGCAAAGAGAGCGAAAACGCUGUCGUUCGCGUCAACGCUGCCCCGGAACUGACGGCCACCGGUGUGCGCAACACUACGGCUGUUCUCGGCGAUCACGUGAGCUGGACACCCACCGUCGCCGGCAUCCCCUUCCCCACCGUCACGUGGUACCGCAUCAGCAGCGAUGGUGGCGAUGGUAGCAUCACCAACAUGACUACAACAGCCGUGGCCUCCACACUCACGCUCUCGUUUGCCUCCGUGGCUGCUGCUGAUGAGGGCAUGUACUUCGCCACGCUGUCAAACCACCUUGCCACCGUGCGCACCCCACUGUACUCGCUGGUGGUCAUCACACCGCCGCGUGUUGUGCACAUGUCCCCGUCACGGCACGUGCUCGUCGGCACACGCGUUGCUCUCUUUGUCGACGCAGUGAGCAAGGAUCCGGCGCCCCUCACCUACCAAUGGCUGCACGCCUCGACGGUGCUCGUUGGCGCCAAUUCGCCCUCGCUGAUCAUUUCUGCAGCGACACCAAAUGACGCCGGCGACUACACAGUCCAGAUCAAGAACGUGGCAGGGACGACCGUCUCGAAGCCGAUUCGUCUCAACGUCACAGACGACGGAGCAACAGUCCAGGCGGACGUGCAAUCCGGUGGUCUUGUCGUCCUCACGGCUCCGGGUGGCGGUGACACAUACACGUGGACGGCCAAUGGAAAUGCCAUCAACACAACAGACGCAAACACAAUCACAUUCGCGCCGCCGUCGGCCGGCACAUACACGUUCACGGUUGUCAUCUUCAUGGGCGAUGAUGUGCGAACGGUCGUGAGCGAGUCGCCACUUGUGUUCAGCGCAACACACACGCAGACAACAGCGAACACGCGGACCACCACAGCGCCAGCAAGCCGGAACAACAACAACAGCGAUGACACGAACACGUACAUCAUCAUUGGCGGCGCCGUUGGCGGAUUUCUCGUCAUUGUCGCUGUCAUUCUGCUGGCAGCGGUUGCAGUCCGCAGGCGGCGGCGGCGGAAACAGGAGCGGGAUGUGAUUUGUCGCAUUCUGGACGAGUGCAACAACCCGCUCAACGACGAGCAAGUUCGCGAGUGGACAAAGGAGAUUUGUCCGGGCCCGCUUGGAUUUGAAGUGGAGAAACCCGAGAUGAUCGAUCCCAAAAACGUCAAACUCUGUGACCACGUCGUCGCCCGGGGAGACAUUGCGCGUAUUCAAAUGGCGAAUUACGUCCGCAAUGGAACUGCAAUCCCAGCAGAGGCGAAGAUCCUCAGCAGCAGUGCCAACGACGAAGCUCGCCGCAGCUUUAUGGUGGAAGCACACCUCUUGCACAACCUCCGACACAAGAACAUUCUUCGCAUUUUCGGUGUGUCUGUUGCCGGCCAGGCGUGGUGCAUCGUCACAGAAUUGCCGUUUCGCGGGCGCCUCAAGAACUUUCUCAGAAACCACGCCCACAAUCCGGAGAUGCGUGAGCUGGGCGAUAAGCAAAAGGCGGAAUUUGCACUCGAUAUUGCAAAGGGGAUGCAGUUCCUUGCGUCGUACAACUGCAUCCACCGGGCUCUCAUCGCUGCACACGUCGCCAUCAGCGAGGACUGGACCUGCAAGAUUGGCGAGUUUGGUUUUGCGAGGCGUCUGCACCGUGGCUGCGACGAAUACGAAAUUUCGAGCCAGGUGUUCCUGUCGCGAUGGCAGGCGCCGGAAGUGCUAAACGAGCACAAGUAUCGCCUGCGCAGUGACGUGUGGUCAUACGGUGUUGUCCUUCACGAAAUCUGGAGCAAAGGCCGCGACCCAUACACCACAGACGGAUGGAACGCCCACAACUUUGUUGAGCGCCUCAACCGUCGCGAGCGCAUGGCACCGCCCUCGGACUGUCCGAAGCGCAUCUACGACAUGAUGCGCGACUGCUGGCACCCGGAUGACCACCUCCGCCCAAGCUUCAACGAGCUUGUGGAUGUGCUGACAGCGCUCGUGUUCAACGGCGAUUUUGGCGCCAAAGACUUUGAAGUCCCGUCAGAUUUCUACCAGGGUCAAUACAUUGACGUCUCUGGCGUUGAGGACGAGACGGUCGACAUGGACAUGUCUGACACAAGCAUCAACCGCUCCGUUCUGUCCAUUUUCCGUGCGGUCAUGGGCGGCAGGAGCGCCCGCACAACGCGACGCGCUCGUCCAGCCCAGGCAUCCACAACCAGCGCCACCAUGGCAAGGACCAGCCGCUUCUCGUUUCUGUAUGGCGCCAUGCGGGGGCGUGGCACUGCGCCUGUGCUGGCGCCGGAUGCCACCAUGGACGAAACAUUUAGCCACGCUUACCAUCGUGGCUCGCCCUCCAGCAGUCGCCCGUACUCUGUCUGCAACACCACUGGCAACGGUGACCCCGAAAACCACUACAGCCUCGCUGCCGACCUUCACGAGAACGCAAGCUACACGCCAAACUACACGCCGAACCUCAGCCCGAUUCGUGGCGACGCCUCCAUCAGCUCAAGUUUCUCCGAGCCCGCUGUUGCGGACAUCAAGGCGUCACCGCGCGUUGGACGGAUGGUACUGACGGAGAAGCCGCGGCGAACACCACCAAUGCCCCCGCAACUUGCCCGCACCAGCACGCACAUUGGAGAACGCGUGCCCAAAGCGGACUUGAUUCCAAAGCCUGCCGACGAAUCCCUCCUCCACGCCCGCAAGUUCCCUUCAUAUGCCAUCGCUCAACGGUCGGCGAGUACUGAGGAGCCGGUGUAUGCUGUUGCCAACGGGACGCCGCAACCCACGUCGUCAUCGUCAUCGUCACACCAUCGGCGCAACAUUGCCAGCGUGGUGUACACGCCGCAGCCGUUUACGACGGCGUCACAGGAGCCGACGCCAGGCACCGCGCAGCGACACAUGCACACGCACGCACACCGCAAGUACCUGACAGCCAUGCACGAGAACGAGAGCCUGGUGGAUGAUGCGGACUACUACUACGCUCGCAACGACACGACGAGCAGCAGCAACAACGACACCACCAGGGAUGAUGUUGGCAACGGCGCACGGUUUGACGACGAGAGCGUGAUGGAGGCACGUGCAACCAUGGCCAACAGCAGCCGCGUGCUGCGUAGUGCUUCCCCCAUGUACACAAACGCAACAACAGUUCAAUGGCAGAAGCACCUGCAGCGAGCCCGCCAGCAGCAACAUGCCGCCGCACGCACAAAGGCGUAUGAAGUGGUGAGCCCGGAGAAUUUCAAGAAGGACGACAGCCUUGUUGGCAGCGAAAACAUGAGCAUCUUUGACGCUGACUCGAGCGCCCGCCACUUGCGUGAUGGGCGCGACGCAUCGACAUUUGACGACUUCGACGACCAACUCCAAGACCUUGGUGGGGAAAUGCUGGACUGCACAGAGGUCGACAGCAUUGACAGCGACGAGCACGACGAAAACUCGCUGCACCACAUGUCACAAGACAACGCGCUGAAGAAGAAGAAGAAGAAGAAUCAACACCAACAUCACAGCCACCCUAUGCCGCCCAUGCAGCGGAAAAGGCUCCAAAGGCAAGGCCCAGCGCCCCCUCCAAAGGUUGAUUUCGUCAUGUGCGGCUCACCGGGCUCCCAGCAGGCGUUGGAGGAGCUGAGGGCGAUGCAGGCCAACAUGGCUUGUCGCCGACCUGUCGCCCACACCAACAGAGCCUACCACGGCAACCAUGCUUGAAUACCAGCCCUCCUUCGUUUCUCGCAAUCUUCUAUCAUUCAUUGUAGUUGCCAGUUACAUUUCCGUGGCUCUGUGCCCUGCCUGACGUUUCUUGUUUGAUCAGCGAUUCGCGUUCCCUGUGUCUUUGUUUGUUUGGUGGUUGUUUGGCCGUUUAUUGUUGGUGGGUUCAGUUUACAUAACAUUACAUUACAACAUUAAACAAGCGAUGCA